AUGAUGGACUACGCCCAAUACCAACAACCACCUCAAUCGGCGCAUUCGCAAGGGCACAUCCAAUCAGGUUACACCAAUUCGAAUACUGGCAAUACCAUCACCUCUCCCUCAAGUCACAGCAUACACCAGCACGGAGUUCAGACCUCACCUAUUCUAUCCUCCUCGCAUCAACCAUCCGCGUCGAAUCAAGGUCACAACAUGUACUCGACGCAGUACAGCGUACCCCAGCAGGGCAUGCACUAUGGCGUUCCCGGUAUCCAGGCUGCUGCCAUGGCCGCAACUGCUGCUGCAGCGGGUGGAACACCGUAUGGCAACUACUUGUCUUCUGACCCUAGUCUCACGCAGAGUUCGCCCAGGCUUGGUUCUGGGGUCAAUGCAAAGAAAGAUGCACCUGGUCCGCGUUCACCACAGCAGUUGACCCAGAUGCAGGCGCGUCGCAUGAGUCAAGUCACAAGCCCUGGUGUACCGAACGCGUCCAUGCUGAACCAUCGGUCCUCAGUUUCCGCCGUACCGCCGCCCAUGUCAGCGGCCCAGUCGCUGCCGCAACCACAAUCACCUGAAAUGCCUGCUGGCGCCGAAGAAUCACCUUUGUAUGUAAACGCUAAGCAGUUCCACCGUAUCUUGAAGCGGAGAGUCGCGCGACAACGGCUGGAGGAGGCUCUGCGACUUACCAGCAAGGGUCGUAAGCCAUACCUGCAUGAAUCCAGGCACAACCACGCCAUGCGGAGACCCCGUGGACCCGGAGGACGUUUCUUGACGGCUGAGGAGGUUGCAGAAAUCGAGAAGACUAAGGGUGGCGACGACGAAGAGAAGGAUGCCUCGCCCAAAGCAGGCACGAAGAGAAAAUCAGAAGCAGGCUCAAACGCCUCGAGCAAGAAAGCAAGAUUGGAUGAGACCCCCGAAGACGACGAUGAUGAAGAUGCGGAAGGCGACAGCUAG